AUGAUGAUUCCUCUCUUUGUGAAGAAUAAAAUCGGCUUUAUUGAUGGGUCAAUAGCCAAACCUGACAACAGUGAUGAUCAGGUCAGCAAUUGGAUUCGAAACAACAAUAUAGUCAUUUCGUGGAUACUGAAUUCAGUUUCGAAAGAAAUUUCUGCAAGUGUGAUUUAUUCUGAAUCUGCCCAUGAUAUAUGGAUCGAUUUGAAGGAAAGGUUUCAACAAAGGAAUGGGCCUCGUAUAUUCCAAUUAAGGCGUGAGCUGAUGAACCUCACUCAGGGGCAAUUAUCUGUGGGUGUGUAUUUCACUAAAUUGAAAACAAUUUGGGAAGAAUUAAGCAACUAUAGACCAAUAUGCUCUUGUGGAAAAUGUUCUUGCGGUGAAAAUAAGAAGCUCUCAGAACAUUACCAGAUGGAGUAUGUCAUGAGUUUCUUGAUGGGGUUGAAUGAUACAUUUGCACAAGGUAGGGGUCAACUACUACUUAUGGACCCAAUGCCUUCCAUCAACAAAGUAUUUUCCCUUGUAUCUCAAGAAGAACACCAGCGCAAUAUAAGCAUUAAUGCUGGUAUCUCCAACACUGGAGACUCAAUGGCGUUCUAUGCCAAAAUCGAUCCAAAGAAAGGCAGCUUAGGACAGCACAAAUUUCAGAAGAAAGAAAAACCAAUUUGCACUUAUUGCAAACUUGUAGGGCACUCGGUGGAUAAAUGCUAUAAACUGCAUGGGUAUCCUCCUGGGUAUAAGAUGAAGCAGAGAUCCAACUUUACUGAUCAAGUGGACAAUCAGCCACGACAUAUUGCUGCUAAUCAAGUGGUAUUUGCGAACAAGUCAGAACAAGCACACACAAAUGCAGAAGAUUUCAUGCAUUCCUUGAACCAUACCCAAUAUCAACAAUUGAUGAACAUGCUGGGCAACCAUCUGACUUCUGCAAAAACCAACACUAGAAAUGAUGAACAUACUAAUCAAGUCUCAGGUACUUGUUUUUCUAUUGUACUUAACCCAUGUCUAAAUUCUCCUAAGCACUGGGUUAUGGAUUCUGGGGCAACUAGCCAUAUAUGCUUCAGUAAGUCUGCCUUUUACUCUAUGAAAUUGAUUGAGAAUGCGUAUGUUACCUUACCAAAUCAUAAGAGGAUACCUGUGAGUUUUGUUGGGAUUGUAAAGUUUAGCAAUAAUCUGAUGCUUGAAGAUGUACUAUAUGUGCCAAACUUUAAAUUCAAUCUGAUGUCUGUAAGUUCAUUGAUCAAGGAUUCGAAUAUUAUUGUCAGAUUUUUUGCUAAUGAGUGUGAUAUCCAGGAUACACACAACCAGAAGAUGAUUGGCAAGGGUAGGAGAAGUGCUGGUCUUUACAUCAUUAGUGCAACAGCAUUGGAUUCAUUUCCAACUCACAGUAGAAAUCUUUCGAUUGAUAAAGUUUGUGUUUCUGUUUCCUCAGUUGUAAAUAAAGUGAAUGCCAAUACUUGGCAUCAUAGAUUAGGACAUUUGUCUUUUAAAAAAUUAGCACCUUUGAAAGACUCUUUGGGUUUAAAGUUUGAUCAAAGUAAGGAUCAUAAUUCAAUCCCUUCUAAUGUUUGUCCAUUGGCAAAGCAAAGAAGGCUAUCAUUUGUCUCCAACAACCAUUUUUCUGCAAAUGCCUUUGAUUUAGUACACUGUGAUACAUGGGGACCAUACCAUGUUGCAUCACAUUCUGGACACAGAUACUUCCUUACUUUAGUAAAUGACAGUACUCGUUUCACAUGGGUAUAUCUCAUGAAACACAAGUCAAAA